AUGAAAUUGUUCACUGCUCUCAGUCUGUUCGCCGCGGUAGAUGGUGCUACAUUGACACAUCUGCAAGAUGCUGUACAAUCCAUCUUAUCCAAUGGAGCGCAUUCAUCGCGACAGCCAAAUAUUCUCUUUGUAAUCACCGAUGAUCAGGAUUUGGAGCUGGACUCGAUCAGUUAUACUCCUCACAUCACGAGACAUAUCCGCGACCGGGGAACCUUUUUCCGUAAUCAUUUCGUUACGACUGCUCUAUGCUGUCCAUCGCGAGUGAGCUUAUGGACUGGUCGCCAGGCGCAUAAUACUAAUGUGACCGAUGUCAACCCGCCAUACGGCGGAUAUCCCAAAUUUGUUGAACGCGGCUUCAACGAUGACUUCCUCCCGAUCUGGCUUCAACUGGCCGGCUAUGAUACCUACUACACCGGCAAAAUGUUCAAUUCGCACACAGUCGAUAACUAUCACAGCCCUUAUAUCAACGGAUUCAAUGGCUCAGACUUCUUAUUGGAUCCAUAUACCUAUUCCUACCUGAAUUCCACAUACCAGCGAAACCAUGAGCCGCCUGUCAGCUACGAGGGUGAACAUACCAUCGAUGUGCUUACUGGGAAAGCACUGGGAUUCCUAGAUGAUGCAUUGGAGGGAGAAAGACCCUUUUUCCUCGCGGUGUCGCCGGUAGCGCCUCACUCCAACGUUGAUCCGAACGCAAUUUCAUUCGGGAAGAUUGUCAUGUCUGAACCGAUUCCAUUGGAACGUCACGAACAUCUGUUUGAGAAUGUUACAAUUCCCCGUACAGCGAAUUUCAAUCCGGACCAGCCAAGCGGGGUUAGUUGGAUUCGCGAUCUUCCUCAGCAGAACCAAUCGGUCGUCGAGUAUAACGACCAUUUCUAUCGCUCUCGCUUGCGCGCGCUGCAGGGAGUGGAUGAGUUGGUUGACUCGCUCAUAACUAAACUUGAGGAGAGUGAUCAGCUGGAUAACACGUAUAUUAUCUAUACUUCCGACAAUGGCUUCCAUAUCGGUCAACACCGAUUGCCACCCGGGAAGACUUGUGGGUUUGAGGAAGAUAUCCGUGUGCCUCUGUUUAUUCGUGGGCCUGGAAUUCCUCAGGGCCAUGUGCAGGAUGCAGUGACCACGCAUGUCGACUUGGCGCCAACGUUCUUCCAUCUGGCGGGCAUUCCGGCACGAGAGGACUUUGAUGGGACUGCAAUUCCUAUCACACCUGCUUUCGACGCGGAGAGACAUGAACAUGUUACCGUGGAAUAUUGGGGCAAUGCAGUUGUAGAGGGGAUUUUCAGUGGAAUUGGUCCGGAUGGCUCAAGCAAGAUCCCAAACAACACAUACAAAUCAGUUCGCCUUCUAGGGGAAGGCUACAACCUUUACUACUCAGUCUGGUGCAACAAUGAACAUGAACUAUAUGAUCUAUCGACCGACCCUUACCAGCUACACAACCUAUAUCCAGGCACCUCCCAGUUAAGUGGGGGAGACACUCGCAUCCUAGGUCGCAGCAUUAGUCAAGCCAUCAACCGACUGGAUGCUCUUCUCAUGGUACUCAAGUCAUGCCAAGGAGUGACUUGCAUCCACCCCUGGAAUGUCCUCCAGCCGCAAGACUCUGUUAGUACCCUCUCCGAUGCUUUGCAUGAGAGGUACGAUGGAUUCUACGGUGCCCAGCCUCAGGUCUCAUUUGACUGGUGCGAUGAUGGGUAUAUUAUCGAGGCGGAAGGGCCGCAGGUGCCGUUAGUGAGUCGGUACGGUGUGUCUUGGGAUGUUUGGGUGUAA